CUUUUGGCGACUUACCACCUACAAUUCAACCCCCGUCUUCACUCGCAAUGCAUCUCGCCUCGCUCGGUGCUCCGGCACGCAGCUCUGCACUGGGUGUUCGUUUCCCCUCGUCCGUUCUAGCACCUUUCACCUGUCCUACUGGAUCAACCGCGCUGUAUCACGUCACCUCCGUGCCCUCUCAAGCACGCUCCGCUAGUACAUCAGCAGCUCAUAUCAAGGCCCUUCAAACCAGCACCAACACCUUGAAGACAUCCGCUCGGCCCCAAAUCCCCUCUUCUUUGACUAUCUAUCGCACCGCCUCCUUGCGAGCCAACUCCACAAUCUCGGAUGCAUCUCGGCAUGAGGCCUCCAAGCUAGAUUGGAAUUCGUUCUUCAAGCUCCGCGCUUCGCGACGAAGAUACUCCCUUGCCUCCUCGAUUGUUUCGUCCAUGGCAAGCACGGUCAUCGGCGUCCAGGUUCUUUCGACGCAAGACUUGGAACACAUGGGGGCGCAGGUGAUGGGCUUGGACCCCUUCGUUGUCUUAGGAAUGGCAACGGCCGCAUGUGGUGCGGCGGGUUGGCUCAUCGGCCCCUUCCUGGGGAAUGCGGUCUGGGGGUUGGUCUACCGGAGGUACAGAACAGCGGUUGCUGUGAAAGAGAAAGAGUUCUUCGACCGGAUCAAGCGGUUCCGUGUCGACCCUUCGUCAAACUCGAUCGCAAACCCAGUUCCCGACUACUACGGAGAGAAGAUCGGCAGCGUGCAAGGAUACCGGCAAUGGCUGAAGGAUCAAAGGGCAUACAACCGCAAGAGACGGAGCUUCAUCCUCUAAAGGCCAGGGUUACAUUGGGUUGUGGUCGAUGAUAGGGUCUACUUUAACCUGCGUAUAUCAUCCCUGGUAUAACAAACUUCAUUCUCUUAUCUGCUUUUCCAUUGCUGGUAUAUUUUUCUUGUAUGAGUAUUUAUGUGUACUACCUCAGCGACUGCACGUGAAUUGCCGAAUGAAAAAUGAACGAUUUGGCGGAGAGAGACGCUUCCCUCCGGCAAUGAAGACCAGACGAUGGGAUCUACAAUUUAGACGGCUCCCUCGCAGCCCUCGGUUUCGUGUCGAUGUGCACCUCAUACCACCACGGAUAAUUUGCCG